CGGGAAGUUCACGCUGUUGCUACUUUUCCAGCGUAAACUGCACAUUUGUUACAUAUUUCUUUGGACUUUUAUCAUAAAAAUAGCUCAAAGGAGCUGAAACAGGACGACAGCUAUGGAGGAGAAGAGAGUCCAUGCAUCAUCCAGGAGCUUUGGACAAUGCACCUACACGGCGGAGGAGUACCGGGCCGUGCAGGACGCGCUGCGGCAGCGGCUGGGACCCGAGUUCAUCAGCUCCAGAAUGGCUGGAGGAGGACAAAAGGUUUGUUACAUUGAAGGACAUCGUGUCAUCAGCCUGGCCAAUGAGAUGUUUGGAUACAAUGGAUGGUCUCACUCCAUUUCCCAGCAAAAUGUCGACUUUGUAGACCUCAUCAAUGGGAAGUUUUAUGUUGGAGUCAGUGCGUUUGUCAAAGUGCAGCUGAAGGAUGGGUCGUUUCAUGAGGAUGUGGGGUACGGAGUCAGCGAGGGUCUGAGGUCUAAAGCUCUGUCUCUGGAGAAGGCGAGGAAGGAAGCUGUGACAGACGGCAUGAAGAGAGCUCUGAAAUGUUUCGGCAACGCUCUGGGAAACUGCAUCCUGGAUAAAGAAUACCUCCUUGCGAUCAACAAGAUUCCCAAACAGCCUCGUCCGGAUCUGGACCCGGCACAGACAAAGCGCUGCGAGGGCCAGCCGUCCAUAGAGAAGGCCCGCUUCUGCAGUCUGGUCAGAGAUCCAAACGCAAUGAGUGCAAUAGAACCUGCCAGGAUGCCGCUGGAUCCCAGAGUCUUCAAUCAGAACCAAUCAGAGGCCCGCCGGCCCAGUUCAGCUGACUCUGCAGCCGACAUAAAGUCAGAAAACGUCUCCAGGUCAGCCGCAGACGGUGCUGAUGUCGUCAUAUCCGCCCCGAAUACGGACCCCAAACAUCUGAGGAAGCUGCGGCAGCAGCAGCUGCAGCAGGAGUUCAGGAGGGAGAUGGAGGCCAAGAAGCUGCAGCAGAAACUGCAACAAGCAAAGACUGAAGAGGCGGAGGUCACGAUUGGACGGAGAUCCACGGGAGGUGAGGACGGUGCGUCUGCGUUUAGCGACAAACCAACAUCCGGAAACCAGUCAGGCAGCAGGAACACGUGUGCAGACGAUCCAGAACUCUGGGAUUUCACUUUGGAUGGGAUCGAGGAGCUGGAUGAUCCCGCAGGCGCGUCUUCUCCCAGAGGGAGCGUGCCCAGAACGCCGGGGGGUCACCAGAUGCAGACGCGAAGUAAAACCCCUCAGAGAGCGUCGACCGGAAGCCCGAACGCUCACUCCGGACCGCCACACAGCAAUCAGUGCCAGGGGAGACCAGGCGAGGCCUUCAGUCCUUACAGACAAGGACAGCAGCUGAAGAAACGCCGGCUGGACACAUGACACUUUACUCUGCGCUUCGAUUAAAACCUUUGUUUUAUUUAUUUUCAA